ACAGCUCACAUUCGCCUCUCCGCCAUGAGCAGAAGCAUGUGUGAUUCGCGUGCCGCCAGCAUCGUCUCCCACCUCUCCGCUUGAUGAUCACACGGAUUCUGAAGGAUAUCCGCUUAAUGUCGCGACAUCACGUCUGCUAUAUUUGUGGCAAGAACUUCAGGCGCCCGAACGAUUUGAGAAGCCAUCGGGCCAGCGGUGUUCAUAUAGCGUCAGGGUCGAGGACUAUCGACGUCCCAUCCGGCAUCCGGAUUCCAUGUUCCGGAGAGACUUUUCCAUGAACGCUGUGCGGCAAAGCUCUUGGCUGGCCAUCGGAUAGAGAUAGACACAUGGCAAGCCCUGACGUUCACUCCCAUAUAUGGAGCCCGGGCCGACGACUUCUCGGGCAAUAUACAUUCGCAUCUGCUCAGGAGUGCAGCGGCUGUGGGCAAGCGUUCAUGCACGAAAAGGCUUUUUGUCAUCAUGCACCUUGUCACCAGCCAGCGACUGGAAGUCGUGAGCACCUGUCUGGGAGCGAUGGCGACAAAACGGGACAGGAAGACAAAGUCAAGGCGCAUGCCGAGGAGGAUAUCACGCCCUUGAACGACUUUGAGGCGCAGCUACUUGCAGCCGCCAAUGAUACAUCGUCUAAAGAAAUCCAAGCCGAGAAGCAGAGCCCCAUGCUUGUCCAAGCUUUAAACGAAGGUGCGAAUACAUCGAAAAGGAACGUUGGUGCAGGUAUUAGCCGUACAGAAAGUCCACAUGCUCGGAUCUGCUAUGGCUGCGGCAAGGGCUUCUGGGACAGCCAAAGGUUCUGGAACCACGAUCCCUGCUUUACGACGAUUGCGAAAACGAAGCCUUCUUCCGUAUCAGUGCCACGCAACCCUCCAGAUACGUCCUCGAAGAAGAUGCGUGACGAUGCAGAUUUGAGUCUCCAUUGUAUGGCGCCGAAUGCGCAAAAGCACAGUCCGAUAAAUGCGGAGCAAGCAAAUAACGAAUGCGUAACAGUGAAAGGAAAAGAACGAGAAACCCCAGAAAACGUCACUAAUGUAGCACCCUCGCCUGAAGUGCAACGCUUGCUAGUAGCCCUUGCGCAGAACAAUCCAGAAGCAAGACCAAUUCCGCCGGCUGAGCUUCAUGAUGUGUUACAUCGCGGUCCAGAUAUGCUCGCCUUGGCCUCAAGGAUGGAAGAAGACAAUGGUAUACUACAACAUUGGCUGGAACACAGAAAGGGGGACACCUUAGAGCAAGUCAGCAAGUCAAAAGCAACAGUAGCCCCUCGGCCAUCAUUAAAACAGAGAAAACGCAUGCUUCGGACUUGCAAGGAAGAGACUAUGGCCAACAUAUUGUGUUACGCGAAGCCGGGUGAGGAUCUCGACUGGACCAAGACUGAGGAUCGAGCAGAGCGAGCUCGCUUGCAGAACAUAAUCAAGGGUCGUAGAAGGCGCGAGCGGGAACUUCAUAGGGGAGGUCGGAGUGGCAGUGGAGGGGACUACCCUGGUGCAGAAGGAGUACGCGGCUUUUUGAGUCAGCGGUCUGGUUCUGAGCAGCACGUGCUGGGUCAAUGCAAUCAGUCAAGGGAAGUCCUAAAUGCAAGUGUUUUGGAGCGGGAACUGCUUCAAUAUGCUGCACUUGAGAAACAAUCCCGGCGCCAUUCGGGGCUAAUGAAGACGCCACAGCACCACAGCUUGACCACAGUCACUGGGUUAAAGUUAAGAGAUGCUACUGAUCAUGAUUUCGAGCAGUUCAUCGAAGAAGUUGAUCCAUGAGCGAACAAGAGCGUAUCUGAAGAAUUUCGGACGUACAGCCAACUUCGCACGCCAUUAGAAUGGCUGAUCAACUUGCCAUUUUGGGCACACGCAAAGACAGUGUCGCGCAGUAAGCCUUGCAGCUUGCACUCGGCUGUUCCGCAAGGUCUUGUUGUCGAUGGCCCAGAUUCCAAUUGGGCCAGCUCACUGAUUGUUGAGCUCAAUGAUUCUUGCUUGACACGUCUGAGUGACUCCAAAACUGUGUUCUCUGCGGUAUCUCGUGCGGCUUUAUUGUAUGACCUCCGGCCUCAUAGCCUGUAUACGAUGGCCAUCCUGGCGGAGCUGACGGAUUGGCUGCGAUCGGAUAAGACCUAUGCCGAUCCCUCGCCAUGCCUCAAUACAUGUAUCAUGGGGGGACUGGGGCACACUGCCCCUGCACCACGCAACCGGCAUCACAUGCAAAAUUGCGGGCGUUGAACUGGAGCUGUAUGUUAUAACGCCGUCCGUACAAAACCAAAGGGCGCGUGAAGAUUUGAGUGGCGCGUCAUCUCCCGGGGAUAUCGCAUUGAGAAGCCGGGUGCCGGUCAGUGGCUACCGGUUCUCGAACCUCAUGCUCCGACACCAGUCCAGACUAGUCUCCUGUAGACACUACUAUCUGCUGGACUCCAAAAGCUCUCAUCGAGGUCCUGGCAUCAUGGUUCGCGUAACGGUUCGUGUAGGAGAUCCAUGCAAGGCCUCCAUGGUACUGAACAUCGGGAAUGGCAGCGUGCCUUUAUUUAUGGGAAGACGUUUGCACACGGUUAGAAAGCAAUCUCUCAUUGAACCCGCACUCUCUUCUGGUCAUGGAAACAACGCUCUCUCAUUGCAUCAGCAACGUGCACAACAUACUGUGAUACAGUCUACAACGGAGAUACACGAUCUUUGACUUUACAACGGCAUACCGACUCUCGCUCUUUCGAUACAACGGCAGAAACGACCGACCACGUGUGAAAUAGUACCGCAAGGCUAGACACAAACUCCAGGUCUCAACGCUCAUUCCGGACGCGUGCGAUAUGGCUGCUGAAUUACAGCAUCGGGUCUUGGGUGGCACACCUUCGCCACAGCCAGAUGUCGCCAUCGAUAUCACAUUCCUUACCCUGUUCACUGUAUGCGGUAUUUUCAAUCUCCAGAUCUUUUGGCGAAACAAGAAGCAGCAACGGCUGUUCGCCUUCAGCGCCGCUGUAGCCGGCUUCUGUUCGCUACGCAUCGUCACAACGUCUUUGCGGAUUGCCUGGGCUUACGAUCCCAGCAACGUACAGCUUGCAAUGGGCGCUCGUAUUACGACUUACACGGCCGCCGUCAUUCUUAUCGUGUCCAACAUCUGGUGGUCACAGCGUAUACUACGUGCACAACACCCCACCUUUGGCUGGACCAUGGCUCCUACAUUAUCAAUACCAAUAUGUGCUGGUCUUUGCGUUCUCACGAUAAUCCUAAUGAUCAUGGGCACAUGCAUCCAAUUCUACGUUGCUGCCGCACGUGCACAAUAUGCCGCACGUUGCAUACAACAAUAUGGCGACAUAUUCUUUGCGAUACUAGCAGUAUUGCCAAUUCCUGUUUUGUUGACAUCAGCCCUUGCAAAGACGCAUCCCGACCUUAAGGACCUCGCAGAGGAUAACUUUGGGCGCCACUGCAUCACAAGAAAGAUUUUGGUCUGUCUCAUAACUGCGACCUUCCUUUCCACUGGAGCACUUUUUCGAGCGACAAUCUCAUUCGCGCCCGAUACGCAGCCGGACGCGCCCAAUCCUUGGUAUUAUUCCAGGACUUGCUUUUACGUCUUCAACUUCGCUCUUGAUAUCUUGGUUCUGGUCCUCUGGAUGUGCGUACGAAUUGAAAGGAUGUUCAUUGUACCAAAUGGCGCCUGGGGUCCACAGUCAUACGGAGGCGGCUUCAUCUUUGCCGGUGAGCCUGGUAAUGAGAAACCGGCUAUGGUGACCCAUUCUCGCGAACACAUCAUUCAUGCUAUUAAGAGCUACGACACACUUUCGAGUAGGAGCAGCACAAUUCCUCCGCCUUCACGGUCUGGGUCUUGGGGUAGCGCACGCCGAUAUAUGAGUGCUUCGCCCUCGCUACCUCACAUCAGCUCACCCAGGCUGGGCCAACGAUCAUCUUGGGGCGAUGAUUCUCACACACGUGUCGAUUCGGCUUGGGGUGAUGACAGCCGAACAGGAAUCAGGUCCGUUGAUUCCAAGGAGAAUCUAUACUUACGACGGCCAGCGCCAUGCGUGCGAUGCCGUCACUGUGCCUCCCACGAGGAUGUCAACGAAUACACUGGCACCAUGUAUCGAAAUAGACCAGUGCUCCGUUUUGACCCUCGCUCAGCCCAGUGGAUCUCUCGGCCUAUGAGUCUCAGUGGGCCCAGUGUGUCCCAAUACUCUGUGCGAGAGACUUUACGUCCUGUGAGCACAAUCGAUGUGCGCAUGUCAGAAGAUGCGAGCCCUGGUAGCUUUCUCGGAUAUGCCGUAUGAAACGGAUGACCCGAUCCGCAGGUGGGGGGCCGAAUGCCACAGGAUUGAGAACAGUUUUUGGGAAUCAUGUUAUGGACCAUUGUGAGCCGGGACUCACGUGUAUGAAUAAGGAUUUUCAGGGCCGGCUGGCGUGCCGAGCGUGGGAGCAGUACUGAUGGAAAUCAGGUCAGACAAGACUUAGACCAACGACUCUCCUUGUGUUGUUUAUGGAUGCAUAAAAACGACAGCAGCAGUUUCUUGUGUGUGUUUGUCUGAGUGUUGUGGAUAGGUAGCGCAAUUCGGUUACGGGGUGUGCUGUGGAGGUGACGCAUUGUGGAGGUCGGUUGCAGAUAAUCUUUUCAGAUAGAGAUAGUCCGAAGAUAUGUGAUCGUGGGGAUCAGAAGAAGAUGGAAGAGAAGUAGGAGAGGUACCUAGGUAGUACCUUAGGUCAGGUACUAAGUAGGUGGGUAGGUAGCCUGGCGCGUGCGCGUAAAGGGUUUGCCAAGACUUGC